AUGAAAAUCAAGACGUUGAUGAAAAUCAAGAAAAAGACUGUUCCAAAUGUUCAAAUUUUGAAUCGCGAAUAAUGAAAUUGCAGUCUGAUCUGUCUAUUUCUUACGCUAAAAAUGGAACUCUGCGAGAUCAACUGACUAGUAGCGAUGCCAAACUAAAAGAACUGCAAGCAUUAAUUUGUUAUUAUGAAGUCUCACGGCCGACUACAAAACUUGGAUGGGACAUUCAGAAACUGAUUGAAGCACAUGUAAGUGGGCCGGUCAUGAUGGGAAACUUCAAGUCCAGCACCGAUGAACAUCCCGAUGAACCAUUUGGUCAGCAGUUUUCAGCAUGGAAGUCUCAAAAGGCCGUUCAUGUUCCUGAAGUAGAUCUUCGCCAUAAUUCUCCUCCACUGCCGGCACUUAAAAAGACCAUUCCUCCGACAGCUGGUCUUAAUGUUGAAUCGAUUUCUAAUGUGAAAACUGCUCCUUUGACAGUGCACGCCUCUGAGAAUGGAUCAUCAGGCGAUAAUAAGGAGUUGACCGAAGAAAUCCGAUUUCCAAUCCCUGAUAGCGUCUUAGAUUUAUUCUCUACAAAAACAUUGUCAAAUUUCGUUGGGAAAACCAUGGAAUAUUUGCACCCUGAUGGUGACUACUUGGCAACACGUAAUCUCUCAGACAGAAACAUGUCAGCACAGAAAAUUCAAGCUGGAAAUGCCAGUGACAAAAUCCCAAUGACGGAAGAGGAAAUACAGCAAGUCGUUGUGACAGUUGAACGCAAGUUUAAAACUACACAAAAAGCACAACAAUUGACUGAAAUUCGGAGAGCAAUCGUCGUCAAACUCAACAACUCAGCAGCGAAAGCCAGAAAGCAGCAAAUCAUCGCCAAUUCGUCAACUUAAUUCUAUACGACGAAGAAACAGCCAAGCUCAGUUAUUAUUUUUUUUAAUUACAAUGAUUCAGAGGGUUUUCUAAGUUAAACAAACUGUGUUCUCUUGAUUAACACACCAUUUUUAUUCCAGAAAAUAUGCCAAAUUGUAUGUUUCUCAUGUGUUUGUGUUAUGCUGCUUUAAUGGGUUGAAGCCGGAAGUCAUUAUUAUUGCCAAAAAUUAUUGUGUUCACGUGCGCGUAUCAAAUACUCCCAAUUCAUUGCAAUUGAUGUUGUGUAUACCUAUGCGGAUUU